AUGGAGUCAUCAUCUCCAAGAGCGACGGUGUAUGGCACAUCCUCUGAUCAAGAGGAGAAAGCUCCAGGGCUGACGGAUCCGGAGCCGAGCGAUUCAUUGUCUCCUAGAGUGAUGGUAGACACAUUCUCUAAUGAUUCGGAGUAUGUGGAACAAAUGGAAAUUGUCAAUCAAGUGCCUCUCCAAUGUCGCACCAUCCGCAAGUCAGCCAAAGGUGGCCAUGGUCAGGGGCGUGGAAGCACCGCCACUCAUCAGGGCACCACCAUCAUCAAGCAUGAGGCUCGAGGAGGCAGGAAGGGACCGCCAUCAUUCUCGUCAGUCGGCGUCCAAGGAGGUCCACAAUCUUCCACGGGCGGUGGCAAUGGAGGUCUGCCAUCUUCCAUGGGCAACGGCAAUGGAGGUCCACCAUCUUCCAUAGGCGGCGGCAAUGGAGGCAUGAAUUCUUCCACGGGCGACAGCAAUGGAGGGACAACCUCAUCCGCAGAUAGUGGCCAAGGAGGUCCGCCAUCUUCCACGGGCACCUCAUCCUCGGGUAGCUGCAUCAAGGUCCCGGACUCACCAUCAACCAAGAAGCCUCGCCUCAAGUAG